AAAAACAAAAACAAAAAACAAAGCAAAUAUGACCUAGCCACACCACCUAACUACAGGUGGGGAGCAUAGUAACCUCUACUAUGUGGCAUGUACAGCUGCCGAUCAUUUCGAUUGGCUGUGAGGCUCCUGAUUGGCUCUUAUCGAUAAGCGCGCGUCGCGUUAUUUGGCGAUAUGGCGAUGGCUUCACCCACUACCCUUCUUGUCGUUCACUACGCACAUCACCAUGGCCAUCGAAGAAGAGGCGCCUGUGCCUCUCUAUCGCCCCGCCAGAGCUCUUCCAUUCGAGCUCAUUGAACACUCUGGCAUCUUUUUCGAGGAGAAGCUCUACACCCAGGCUCUGAAACUCCUGCUGAAUAUUCUUACCUCCGGCACGGUCGCGUCCGCCCCCGCAUAUAUUCCCACUCCCCCGCAGCUCGCAGUGGCAGCGACCUUCCUCGUCCACCCGUCCACCACAACCCGUGCAAAGACCACGGAAGAAAAAGACGCAGCCGCUGCUGCUCUACGACUCCUACGACUGACAAAUACCCUGAUCGGUUCGAAAUCUGCAAAAUUUGAUCUUGCCUUUUCAUUCACGCACUUUGAAUCCUCGCGUCGUGGUGGGCGACGUCGCGCAGAUGACGAGGCUGUCCCCAGUGAGACCGAUGAAACCAGGCCAUUGAAUCUGGACCUCGGCCAGUCGGCAUCUAUCUGGUCGCGAGCAGAGGACUUUUGGCAUGCGGUUGGGUGGGCAUUCAACUGCUCCGUUUUACAUCCUGAGCGAUGGGAGAGAUGGCAGAUCUGGCUUCAAUUCAUGUGCGAGGUCCUAGAGGAUGACUGGAACGAACGGAAGAGGGAGUUUGACAGAUCCAAUCCCGCCGAGGAGGAGAAUCCUAAAUCUAGAAAAAGGGGAUACGAACAUCCGCUCGAAAAGAGUUUGAUCUUUCGAUACAUUGCCGGGGGAAGUGCUGGGUAUGGCCGAGACCGCAGGAUCUUGAGGGCAAUUUUCGCCGAUGGGACCGCUACCUCUACCAACGAGUUUCGCGAGGUGUUUCAUAAUGAGCUGAAACGUUUAAAGAACGACAACCAGAAUAUCAAAAAGAGAGAAGUGGAGGUCAAUAUUGACGAGGGCGAAUACGGUGAUUACCUUGCCAAUGAUGAGGAUGAGUCCGACGAACCUGAUACCGCGGCCAAACGCCCAGCUCGACGACCGAAACGUACCAGGAAAGGCACUCGGUCAGGAGAUCCUAGUGCAGAUGCCGAGGUGAAUGUCCCAUUCACUAGUCACGCCAAUGGUGACGUAUCUCUCUUGGGAGGUCUCAAAUCUCUGGCUUUGCGACAGCGUCUCCUCCACCUUCUUUCCGACGUUUCUGAAAGUCUACCCCAGUCCUUCACCACCCUGGAAGAGAUAUACCAUCUGUUUGUAGAGAACAUCCGACAUCUUCCCCUCCCCAUCUUUCAGGCCUUCGUCAGUCCGUCCGUCCUACCACACUUCUCAGCCGCCGCGCAAACCACCCUCUGUGAAUUCCUCCUCUUCCGCAUGCGCGAAAAUGCCGCCCCCGACACAGACGAGCAGUAUCUAAACCAGACCAAACUCGAGCAGUGCUUCCUCCCUUACGCAGCGAGCACUGCUAGCGUAGUCGACAACACCAAGAUGUCGAUUGUGCUCGAAUCACUCGUCAUCCUCCUGGCUGAUAGCGACCUUUUGCGAGUAACACCACUCUUGAAGACCGCAGUUCAGGACGGCAUUAUCGCACGGGCCGAUAAGGCACAGGUCGAAAACAGAAGAAAUCAGAACAGUCGCAGAGCCGAGGAUAUCGAAUGGUGCUGGCUACUAGAGAGUGGAGAGCGCUUGAUGUUUCUCGUUGACGAAGUUCUGCCUCAGGAAGACGGUUGAUCAUGAGUAAUUCUUUACUAUUCCACUUUUCUUCCCCUCCUCUCUCCAAGUUUGGAUGUUUCAAACGUCUCCUUGGACGUUCGACAAGUCGAGUCUCAUCAAACAAUCCCGCCCGCCUCCGUCCUGAAACAAGACGCUCAGACCGCAGUCUUGUUCCUCCGAGUGACCGGCAUGUUCGAUAGAAGAGAACGGUUCGGACAGGACAUACUGCCUAGUCAGACCCUUUAUACAGACGAUCGGGAUAGUUAGACCUGUCAGAGCUAGUAUUUACUGUUAAAUGAGCGGGCUCAUGAUUGAAGGGGUUAUCCUAGGCUACUUUUUUCUGCGUGCCCACUUGCUUGCAUGAUUAUAGAAUAGAUCCAUACAAGUACUCUAUCUGAAUAGAUCUAUAAAAUUGAAUUGACCAUCUCUAUUGCAUACUG